ACAUGUAAGUGGACAUAAACGGCGCUGACAUUCCGCUGUGUUGAAGUUCUUAGUCUGAAAGCCCCAACCCUCGAAGACCUUCAACCUCUCGAAGCUCUCUCUCAGCAAUGUCUACUCAAGUCGUCGUCAACCUCUUUGCCGGCCUGCAGCCGCUUUGUCUACAGUUUUCUGACGACUCCAGUGCCUGGUCCGUCAAUCAGAAGCAGCUUACUGUGGAAGACCUGAAGAACAAGAUCUCAUCUGUGCUUCCGUUACACCCCACCGACCAGCUCUUAACAACCGAAGGUGGUCGCCCCAUCUCUGAUGACUUGCCUCUAUUCCCGCACAACGACCUCGAGGAUGGAACUGAACUCGACUGCGCCGAGGCGGGACGGCUUCCACCAGUGUUCAACCUGCUGGUCAGGGUUCCCGGCGGGAAAGGAGGAUUUGGGAGCAUGUUGAGGGCACAGGGUGGAAAAAUGGCAUCGCAAAAGACGACGAAUUUCGAAGCGUGUAGGGAUUUGUCGGGAAGGCGGCUCAAGACUAUGAAUGAUGCCAAAAAAGGAGACCUGCAGGAGCCUGAGAAGCGAAAGAUUCGGUUCCAUGAUCCAGAUUUCGUUAAAAGCCAUGAGAAAGUGAUGGAUGAUAUCCAGGACGCCGUCGUGAAAGCGCUGAAAAAUGCUCCGGUGGGCGCGGCACUGAAGGUCAAGGAUGUGGAGAAGGUGACGGUCAAGCCGGCGGCGGACCUAUCACAGUGGUAGGUGCUCAAAGACGUAUAACCUCGUCGAAAUCCGGACACAUGCUCAUACGACUCGGCUCUUUAGGGAUGACCUCUCCGGACCUGAAGAUUCGUACGAUAGUAGUGAGGAGGAGGAGGAGGGAGGAGGUCAUCAGACUUGCAGCGGAAAUAAAUACGAAGGGAGCCAAGUGGGUCGAGGUAGAAUCAGACAGUUCAUGCGACGAGAACAAGAUCAGCGCUGAACAGGUCAUCGAAAAGGCGAAGGUGGCAACGGUGUAACCGGAGGGCUAGAUGGAGCGCAUCACAUUUUUGGAUUUUGAAGAAGUUUUAAAUGUA